AUGAGAGUAAACGCACUGCUGGAUGAUGCCAGUACACGGACCUACAUUAAUGCAGAUGUUGCAGCAGAAUUGGGUUUACAUGGCAAACUACAGAGAAUUACCGUAGGAGUUCUUAAUGACAAAACUGAGUCAUUUGAAACUAUGCUAGUAGAAUUCCAAAUAGAGAGUGUUGAUGGGAGGACAAAGACUAAAGUGGAAGCCCUAACAGCUGACAAGAAUCAGAAAAGUGAUAAUGAAUCGGACAAGAUUUUGUGUAAAUUCUGGGAGAUGGAAAAUUUCAGUGAGCCACAGAAGAAACAGUCAUUUGGUCCAGAGGAGAGAAGUGCGUAUGAAAAAGUGAAAGAUUCAUUGAAGUUUGUUGAUGAUCAUUAUGAAGUAGCUAUUCCUUGGAAGGAAGAAAAGCCUGAUUUACCAUGUAAUUACGACAUGGCACUACAACGUUUAGAGAACACUGAAAAGCAAUUGAUGAAGAACCCGGAAGUGACAGAUUCUUACUCAAAGACUAUUGAACAGUAUCUGGAAAAAGGAUACAUACACAAGAUUAACCAGGAUGAGGAAAAGUCCGGAAAAUGGUUUCUUCCACAAUUUCCUGUCAUCCGGCCAGAUAAGAGCACAACAAAGACACGUAUUGUGUUCGACGCAUCAGCAAAGCAUUGUGGUGUCUCAUUAAAUGACAUGAUUCACUACGCACCAAAACUUCAAAAUGAACUCUUUGAUGUGUUACUAAGAUUUAGAAGAAACAGUGUGGCAAUAGUAUGUGACAUUGCAGAAAUGUACUUAAGGAUGAAGGUUCCACAGGAAGAUAGACCUUAUCAACAAUUUCUCUGGCGUGACGUUAAUACGGAAGAGAAACCAGAUGUGUACGAAUUAAGCAGUGUUGUGUUUGGAAUAAAUUCGUCGCCAUUUCAAGCACAGUUUGUAGCACAGACCCAUGCUGAGACAAACAGAGAAACUUACCCUAUGGAAGCAGAGACUGUUUUGAAAUCCACCUACAUGGACGAUAGUAUGGAUUCAGUAUCUACCGAGGAAGAUGGAGUCAAACUCUACAGGCAGCUAUCAGCAUUGUGGGAAAAGGCCGGCAUGUAUGCCAGUAAGUGGCUAUCAAACUCAGUGGGUGUACUGCAGCAUAUCCCACCAGAAGAUGUUGUUCCCGAAGUUGACCUGUAUGACAACAGCUUGCCAUCCGUAAAAACCCUUGGUGUGCUAUGGAAGGCCAAAGAUGACAUCUUCACAUUCAAAGCAAGUCUACAAGAGGAUGAUUUUACUUACACAAAGCGGAACUUUCUACGGAAAAUCGCAAUGCUGUUUGACCCUUUGGGAUUCCUAGGACCGUACACAAUAAGAGCUAAAGUUCUUUUGCAAGAAAUGUGGACUGCAGGUCUUGACUGGGAUGAUGUGUUGAGUGAAGACCUCAUAUUGAAAGCUGAGAAGUGGUUUAGAGAAUUGACUGAGCUAUCGCUUAUUGAAGUACCGAGAUGUCUGCGUCUAUCUAAUGGUGGGAUUAUAUCGACUUACCUUCAUACCUUUGUUGAUGCUUCCCAGGACGCGUAUGGAGCUGUAGUUUACCAGAGGUGUAUCUAUGACGAUGGAAGUGUAUCAGUCAGAUUCGUGACAGCAAAAUCCAAAGUAGCACCACUUACCGCAGUCAGCAUACCUAGACUGGAAUUGGUGGGUGCAGUAUUGGGAUUAAGGCUAACGCUUUCAGUGACAAGUGCUCUGGAGAUGGAUAGUGACCAGUGCACGUUUUGGACGGACAGCAUGAAUGUGCUGUGCUGGAUCAAGGCACAGAGUAGAAGUUUUAAGCCCUUUGUAGCAAAUCGUAUUGGGGAUAUACAGUCGGCCUCGAAUCCAAAGCAGUGGCACCAUGUGCCUACAGAAAUCAACCCUGCUGAUAUGAUAUCCAGAGGAGUGAUGGUUUCACAGUUACAGAAAGACAGUGUCUGGUGGAGUGGGCCGCACUUUCUUACAUUGGAUGAUUCACAGUGGCCGAAUCAGAAAGUUGAAAAACAGGACUCUGACAAGGAAAGAAGUUAA